ACAGCUGUAGGGUCAGGUCUCUCGUCCUUCAGUCAGAGCACCAGGUGCUUUGUUACGCAGCCUACGGCAUAAUGCCCCAGUUGACCUGUUCGGCCAUGGGUCCCCUCACUCUGCUGGCCACAUACAUCAUCCUGACGCUGAGUGUGGCCAGAUGCCAGCAGUGGAACAAGACAGCAACACCACUUGUCAUAUUCCACGUCGGAGCUCACGUCAGAUCCACAUGCGUGUUCUUGUAUUAUAAUCAGGAAAGCCUGAUGCUAGACAAAAUUCGACUGCUUGUUCAGGUUCAGAAGGCGCUAACACUGAGACAAAUGGCGUCUGCUGUUAUUUCAAUCGAUCAGCUGAUCGCACACCACCAUCUCGGUUGCCGUAGCAACCGCCCUCUGUACGUCCUGUUCUCCAGUGCCACCCUGCUCCAGACGCGGUCUGGAUUCUGUUCAGCAACUUUCAAGAAAAAGACGUAGAAUCACUGCAAGAAUUCUUUCACAACGUGUACAUUCCUCUGGACUGCCAUUUUCUCGUGGCGCACUCCCAGGGGCCCG